CUGCACAGGGACAGACCGUGAGGACUGACCAUGAUCACAAACAGGAUUUCGGUGCUCGCUCAGCAGUGUCCUCGAGUUCCUGAGUGGAUGCAAAAGAACCAAACUCGAGUCUGUGCCUUUGCUGUCGAGUUUCACAUUAGCUUGUGUGCAGCCAGAUUGUGAAGUCUUCCGAAAACUCCAGGGAGAGUUCUCGGCUCAAAGGACCACCCGAGACCCGGACCGGAAGGCUCCUCGCUGGUUAGAUCAUUGACCUGACCACAGUCUCCAGCACACACUGUGUCGUUGGAUGAACAGACAGCAAAAGUGAAAUCAGCUAAGAAGAAAAGCCCAUGAAUAAACUUUUGGGCUAGCGCUUUCUCUUCGAGCUUACUUUAAAUGCAACUUUAAAAAAAGAAGAAGGAGAAUUGUUCUCUGCUUUCUUGCCCCUGCAAUGCACUUAUUCAUUAAACUCCACCCCCUUCAAAAGAAACUGUGUUUCCUACUUUACCCUGUCUAUAAGUUUGAAUCACACAGCAGAGCUGGGCAGAGGAGCUGAGACAUCCGCUUGCACUGCGAGGAACUCUGCCUGAGAACAGCGAGAUGGAGGACUCAACGAUGAGUCCUGUCACUGACUUCGAUUAUGACUCAGCAGAACCCUGCCAAAAAGACACAGUGAAAGAAAUGGCAGCCCAGCUCCUGCCCCCACUCUAUGCGCUGGUGGUCAUCUUUGGUUCCGUGGGCAACAUCCUGGUCAUCCUCAUACUGAUCACCUGCAAACGGCUGAAGAGCAUGACCGACAUCUACCUGCUCAACCUGGCUAUCUCUGACCUGCUCCUCCUCCUCACGCUCCCAUUCUGGGCUCACUAUGCUGCUGCCCACAGCUGGGUCUUUGGAGAUGUGAUGUGCAAAGCCCUCACGGGGUUCUACCAGAUCGGCUAUUUUGGAGGGAUCUUCUUCAUCAUCCUCCUGACCAUCGAUAGGUACCUGGCCAUUGUCCAUGCUGUGUUUGCUCUGAAAGCCAGGACAGUCACCUUUGGGGUGAUGACCAGCGGGGUCACCUGGGUGGUGGCUGUGUUUGCUGCUUUCCCGGGAAUCAUCUUCAUCAGAUCACAAAAAAAAGCCUUGCUUUACACGUGCAGUCCCUAUUUCCCCAUCCACCAAUAUUAUUUCUGGAAGAAUUUUCAGACCCUAAAGAUGGUCCUCUUGGGACUGGUGCUGCCCCUGCUGGUCAUGGUCAUCUGCUACUCCUGCAUCCUGCGGACCCUGCUGCGCUGCAGGAAUGAGAGGAGGAGGCACAAGGCAGUGAGGCUCAUCUUUGCCAUCAUAAUCGGCUACUUCCUCUUCUGGGCACCCCACAACAUUGUGCUCCUCCUGGGAACCUUCUCUAAUCCCGUGGUCCUCAACAACUGCAGCAGCUCUAACAAGCUGGACCAGGCCAGUCAGGUGACGGAGACCCUGGGGAUGACGCACUGCUGCGUGAACCCCAUCAUCUAUGCCUUCGUCGGGGAGAAGUUCCGCGGGUACCUCAAGGCCUUCUUCAGAAAGCAGGUGGCCAGGCGCUUGUGCAAACGCUGCCCCAUCUUCCAGAAAGACGCCCAGGAGCACAGCAGCUCUGUUUACACCCGGUCCACUGCAGAACACGAGGUCUCUGUGGGUUUGUGAGCCGGUCUGAGGUGUGGAUGGGAUUCAGUUUUUAUGCACAAUUGGGGGUGAGGGUGGCUCUUUGGAACAGGAAGUUACUGUCACAGGGAGGCUAAUAUCCAUCCAUUUGAGUCUAUGGGAGCUUAUAAAUCCAGCAACUCUAGAAAGCUGUAUCAAAGUCUGCUGAUGAAAGUGAGACCUCGGUUCCCCUCUGCUUACCUUCACCAAGUUACUGGUCAGCUCUUCCUUUGGGGCAAGAGUUCACCAUCAAAAUGCCCUCCGAGAACUGCUGGUCCUUGAGGUCAGCUAUCAGAACAGAAAUAACUAAGCUCAUUGAGGAACAUUUCACAGGUUCUCACCUUGUGCAAGGCAGUCCACAGGCCGUCAGUGUGUAUGAUGGAAGUCUUUGUCUUACCCGGGGAGGGAGGAUAGGAUGUAAGUAGUUGAAACUCAGCAGGUCUCAGCUGUGAUUUUGCUCCAAGGUAUGGACAGCAGGUUCCACAGACCUGCAGAGCCAGAUGGGUGCUCUGUGUCCUGGCAAGGCUGGGAGCACUUCUCAGGAAGAGGGGAGCGGGAUUGUAUCAGUGGAGGAGGAGAAGCCCUGCUUCAGGCUGCUGGACAGCACAGCAGGCUUGGUCCUGACAAGGCAGAUGGCUGUCCCUGAGGCAGAAGGACGAGCUGGACAAGGUGGAGGCCUCUGUUGCUCCAGGAGAGUCAUGGCAGAGCAGGGAGAACCUAGCCAGCAUGGCCUGGCAGAAGUUUCAUUUCGUGGCCAGUGGAAGACAAAGAAAGAUAAGCAUUUGGGACAAGGAGACCAGACACAGUAAGGCUAGGGUGAGGGUGGUUUCCUGGUCCUGCUAUUAGGGUGUUGAGUCAGUGCAACUUGGGCUGAAUUUGGCUGAAGUGUGCAGCCCAGAGGAACAAGGGAGUGCCCCUGGCUUCAAGCAGACAGAAGGCCUGGAAGAGUCGUAAAACAUGAAAAGAGAUGGAGAUUUUAGGGCAAGAAAUGAGGGCUUGAUGUAAGGAAAUGAGCUUGGAUGCAGGAGGGGACACGGAGCGGGGGGUUGGAACUGUCUCAUUGAGCACCCCUGUUGCCCCACACUCCAUCCAGUACCAGCGCUUGCCCCCAGGAGGCUUUGACCCUCUAGAUUUAUGCACGAGGGAUCCUGGGCCACCAUGUAGACCACUGUGAGCUCUAAGACUUCAAAUGCAGAACUCCACACCCUGGAGCUGGGAGGCUCCACUGCAGAAAGAGCAGCUCUGGGGACAGAGACUCUGUGCAGAAGGAAGGAAGGAGGCACCAGCUUUCUGGGUUUAACCAUUGACAGGCAAAGGGGGGAAGUGACAUUCAUUUGGAAACCAGUCACCUUGAGCUGCAAAGCCACAAACUUUACCCAGCUCCCUGUUUCUGGCUGAGCAUGGGGUUCUAGGUGCCUUCUACAGAUGCCUCCUCAGACAAACUUCCCACACACUAAAAUUUAUUCAUUUCAGAGAGAGGGUGACAAUAUUUUGUUGCUGCUGCUACUGCUGCAUGAAUGACUGUUUUUCAAUUUGGGAGCAGCUCAGAGCAAUAUCUAGGUGAGAAAACACCAAAGGUGAGGCCCACUUGGGGCUCAGGUGUCAGAGGUGUCAGAGGCGUCAGAGGCUUUGCAAACUCUUCUCAAGCCUAAAACUAGAGCAUCUCAUAGUUGUGCGAUGUCUGCAGGAAGCAGACAGGUGGAAGGUCAUCAAGCAUGCAGAGGGGCUGUGACCCCCACCUCCAGGUAGCUCCUAAGGCCAGCUGACAUCUCCAUCUGUACUGGUAUAUUCUCUGGUAUUUUUGUAUAGAAAGUUACCAAUUCUUUGGGGGGAAAACAUGCAUCCAAUAAAAAGCAUCUCCUAAAGGUAA